AUGUCGCGGCCAGACCUUAGCGACUUGACCGGCGACAACGAAUUAGCCAAAAUCGCACGCGAAACAUGGCUUGCAACAGCGAACCCGCCGAAAGUGCUGCCCAGUACCGUCACAAAGCUCUGGAAGCUGGUUGAAGAAGAUGGAUGCUCAGCCUUCUCACUGCUUCUGCUAGAGCAGCUGCAGGCACUGGAGAGAUAUCUGUGGCCUGGCUACACCUCAGACUCGUCAAACCAGCAUGUGCUUCUACUAGCACUGCUGGUCAACACCAAGCGACAGGAACACCUUCCCACAUGGCCAACCUUUGCCAGCAACCCAGAACGAGCAGACGACUUCGCCGAUUUCUUCAGACGCGUCGCGCAACUGAGCAUCGAUCAAUCACUUUCUACGACGCUACGAUCUUUCCUCCUCACUUUCAUCGUUGGUGCUUACCAGAGUCUCGACCAUGGCAUUAUCCGCAAAGAGUGUGCCCCUCUGGUCUCGAUAGGCAUCUGGCACAACCUACACGACGAUGCGACUCGGGAGCGGCAUCUGGGAAAGAGACCACAGCUGCAAAAGGCAUGGCGAGCAGCAGGAAAGAAGCUCGACAACGAGGAUGCGGCAGGACAGGCCAAGCUGCGGUUCCAGCGUAGUUGGCUGCAUACUUUGCUUUUGCAAUUCCUGGAUAAGCUCUACGAUGCGGAUGCGGGUGCGGACACCAAGCAGGAGAACGUGCUGUUCUGCGAGCGCUUUCUUGAAUUGCUAUGCGACCUGCAGAGCCAGCUCCCCACGAGGCGAUAUGUCAAUACUCUGCUGAAGGACAUGAACGUGCUGUCUGCAAUAAGGCUGUCGUUCAUGUACCAGGACGAAGAAGUGCUGAAGGAGAUGUAUCAGCUUCUGGCGCACUACACGCAUUUUCCUAUCGAGGACCAGACGGGAGAACAGUUGAGCAGACAGGCUUAUGAGGAGGUCCAGAAUGCUGAGAUCUCGAGGCUGCAGAAGGUGUCACUGAAGCUGCAACCGGAAAAGCUCAAGAUCCUGGUUCUGACCAACUUUGGUGCACUUUCGCAACGGCAAGGGCUGGAAGGUCAUAUGCAGGCGCUGACGGAUCAAGAAGUGCUUGUGCUAUGCAAAGAGCUGGGUUUGAGAACAGCGGAAUACCCAGAGAAAUCAAUACUGGUCCGAGAUCGAACAUUCUUUGUGGAGACACUGGUGGAGGUGAUCGAGAAAAAACCAUACUACACGGAGAGGCUACGGACACUGCGAGUACUGCCGACAGAGGAGACGCUGUACGACGAUGCGAUGCUCCGCGUGGACGAGCAUGACCACUCACGACCUCUGCCUAUUCCAAAGCUGAAUCUUCAAUACCUCACGAUAGGCGACUUCCUCUACCGCUCGUUUGUUUUGUACCGACACGAAGCACUUUACGGAAUCAGAAAGCACAUCGAGGACACCAUUAAACGAUUGAAGCCGCGCUUGGGGGGUGGUAUCACCAGAUUUGACGGCUUCUCACGACUAGCGAUACCCAUCAGCAAGCCUGGCAUAAUCGACGUUGUAGCGCCUCGUGUUGGCGAAGUAGUACCUGCAGAGGCCAAGGUUGAGGUCGUACUGGACGUGAGCAGACUGCAGCCAGGGCUACGACGAGAAUGGGAGACCCUUCGACCUGACGACGUCGUCUUCUUGCUUGCUCUGCAUCCCCAAGACACAAGCAUGAAGCUCACCAACGGCAACAGCAAGCACUCCGCCGCUAAGACGAUCGGCUUGAAGCACGUAAGAUGUGCUGAAGUCAUUAGCGUGCUUGAUGAGAACAGCAGACCGCUCCGCCAAGGUCAAGAGCAGCAAGACUACAUUGAUGGAGCACCACGGCCAAGAUCGAGGCGUCUGUUACUGAGACUGGACGCCGCAGCUUACAAGGCAGAUAAGGAGCGAGCAGAUGCAGGCAAGGGCGACAUCUACGAAAGUGUUAAUGUUGUCGUCCGUCGACGAGCACGCGAGAACAACUUCCGGCCUGUCCUGGAGAGCAUUAAGCAGCUUGCUGUGUCCGACGCACCGGUACCUAGCUGGCUACAGGAGGUAUUCUUGGGCUACGGCGAUCCACAGUCUGCAACUUACAAGCGACUACCGAACAGGCUGAACAGCGUCGACUACCGGGAUACUUUCUUGGACUGGCAGCAUCUAAUAGAAUCACUGGCUGGCAAGACUUUAGAGCCUGACCCGAAGUUUGACACCGUUUUUCCUCCGCCGUACGUGCUCGAAUCUACAGGUACGCAACCUGCGCCUGCGCCACCGAAGAAGAACAAGAAGCGGAAACACGACCAGCCAGAUGGUCCAGAACCUGCACCUUCCGCAGAGACCUACAGGGUGUCCACCUACAAGCCACCCAGCCUUGGACCUUAUCCCACUGACGUGCAUAAGCUGAACGGAGUGCGAUUCACACCAAUACAAGUUGAAGCAAUCACGUCUGGCACACAGCCCGGUUUGACCAUGAUAGUUGGGCCCCCCGGCACAGGCAAGACGGAUGUGGCGACACAAAUCAUCAACAACAUCUACCACAACUUCCCACAACAACGCACACUUCUCAUUGCACACUCAAAUCAAGCGCUGAAUCAACUCUUCCAAAAGAUUGUGGCCCUCGACAUCGAUGAUCGUCAUCUGCUGCGGUUGGGUCAUGGCGAAGAGGAGCUUACAACAGAAGCGAGCUUCAGCAAAGCAGGCCGAGUUGAGUCUUUCAACGAGCGAGCUGGACAUCAUCUGGCGGAAGUGCAACGUCUGGCUGCUAGCAUCGGAGCCGUUGGCGCUCAUGGUUCCAGCUGUGAGAACGCAGACUACUUUGAUCAGGUCUGGGUACAGCCACUUUGGAAGCGAUACCGGGAGUCGUGCAAGUCAGACGAAGCCAAGUCGGAAGAUCUGGUCACCUCGUUUCCGUUUCACUCCUUCUUCGCCGAUGCGCCACAGCCUCUCUUCGUGCCAGAUGCAUCAAAGGAGCAGAUCAUCGAGACCGCUGAAGGCUGCGAGAGGCACAUUCGCCGCGUCUUCGACGAGCUGGCUGACAUUCGACCAUUCGAGAUCUUGCGAGCACAACGCGACAAGGCGAACUACCUUCUUGUCAAGGAGGCCCGCAUUAUUGCGAUGACAUCUACGCACGCUGCUAUUAGAAGGCAGGAAAUUGCCAACCUCGGCUUUCACUAUGACAACGUAAUCAUGGAGGAGGCCGCACAGAUCACAGAGGUCGAGAACUUCGUGCCAUUCGUGCUUCAAGCUCCACGCACGCAAGACGGCAAGCCAGCUGAGUCGCAGCUCCAGCGCAUUGUCCUGGUCGGCGACCAUCUGCAGAACUCGCCGGUGAUACAGAACAAUACACUGAAGACCUACGCCAAUCUCGAACAAUCGCUCUUCCAGAGACUGAUUCGCCUCGGUGUGCCGCACAUUCAGCUCGAUGCUCAAGGCCGAUCACGACCUUCACUGGCUGCGCUGUACAAAUGGCGAUACCCAACACUACAGAACUUGCCCUUCACCUCGACUGCACCAGAGUUCGUCGCCGCCAACGCUGGCCUCCGCUAUGAUUACCAAUUCAUCGACGUACCCGACUACCAGGAGAAGGGCGAGACAGAACCAACGCCGCACUUCCUGCAGAACCUGGGUGAAGCCGAAUAUGCUGUCGCACUGUACCAGUACAUGCGCCUACUCGGCUACCCAGCGGAGAAGAUCACGAUCUUGACAGCAUACGCCGGACAGAAGGCGCUCAUCAAAAAUGUUCUCGAUCAUCGGUGCAAAGAGAACCGCCUCUUCGACUUACCUGGCUGGCUCGGUACAGUGGACAAGUAUCAAGGUGAACAGAACGACUAUGUCAUUCUGUCACUUGUGCGUACGAAGUCACCAGGUUACCUCCGCGAUCUGCGCCGCCUGACAGUCGCACUAUCCCGUGCUCGUCUUGGUCUUUACGUUUUUGGCAGGCGAGAAGUCUUUGAGUCCUCACUCGAGCUAAGAGAAGCUUUCGCAACACUCUUCGAGAGGAGUGAUAAGCUAAGCUUGGUCACGAAUGAGAUGUUCCCGGCUUCUCGAGAGCUGAACGACAAGGCACCUGAAGGCGUCGCAGAAAUGGCAGGCGUGGAGCAUCUGGGACAGUAUGUGUUCCAGAUGACUCAGGCGAAGGUCAAGGCAUUGAAAGAAGGGGCUAGCCAGCUGCCGCCGCCUGCAGUUAAGCAGAGGAUUGAAGCAGCGGGUGACGAUGAGGACGACGAAGAGGAUGAUACUGCGCAGGGCGGUGGCGUUGACGAAGAUGGAGAUGAGGAGUUGAUGUAG